AUGUUCUUCAUUAAAGAAUUAACGCACACAAUUCUCCUCCAUCCGUCAUACUUUGGCCCUCGGAUGCUCCAGUUCCUCGAGUCAAAACUCUACUCAGACGUAGAGGGAACAUGUUCAGGCGCAUUCGGGUAUAUCAUUGCUGUCGUCUCCAUCCUGGAUAUCGGAAAAGGCAUGGUACUGAGCGGAAGUGGCCAGGCCGAAUUCAUCACCCGCUAUCGUGCAAUAGUCUUUAAGCCAUUCAAGGGAGAGGUGGUCGAUGGGGUUGUAAAUAACGUUAACAAGAUGGGCUUCUUUGCUGACGUCGGGCCGUUAACGGUUUUUGUAUCUCACCAACUGAUACAUCCAGACAUGAAAUUUGAUCCGACCUCGAAUCCACCAUCUUUUGCAUCAGAGGACCAGAUCAUCGAGAAGAACACUCGUGUACGACUAAAAAUUGUUGGAACGCGCGUUGACGCUACCGAAAUCUUUGCCAUCGGAACGAUCAAAGAAGAUCAUCUUGGUGUUAUAGACUAG